AUGAACUCUGUUCGAAUAACCUAUGACUCGGAGGGGGACACUCUCUACAUAUCCUUCGGCCAGCCGAGAGGCGGGACAGGGUACCAGAUUUCGGACCAGAUUCUGUUGAGAUUGGAGCCGGCCGGAUGCGUCCCGGUCGGUCUUACGAUAUUCAACUUCCUGCAUCACAUCAAUUCGGGACAGGGAAUUGAACUCGACGAUGUGGACGACGAUCUCGCAACUGCCCUUGCCUCAAAGCCCGUCAGCCAAUUUCUGCGGGUUCGCAAGCACAACGGUAAGUUGGCUGCCUAUCUUCGUGAGCCGUCUCUGCGGGAAGCCGUGUCAACAUAA